AUAGUCAAUAGGGACAUACAUGAUUUCAAAUCCCUGUUUAAAAUACAUGAAUAUUGCAUACUAGUGUACAAGAAUAUCUUCUCUUCCAUCAGAUUAAUUAACAAUCACUAAAAUGGCUGGAUAUCGAUGGGUUGAGCUACCUCAAAAAUUAGAAACAAGGUCCAGGACAAGGCGUAGCUCUUUACGACGCAACACCGAUCAGUCCAGUCCUAGUCGACGUAGCCCUAGUAGCCCUGAACGGCUUUACUCUAGCCAGCGCAGCCCUGAACGGCGCAAUACUAAACCGCGCAGCCAUAAACGGCGCAAUCCUAAACCGCGCAGCCAUGAACGGCGCGACUCUAGCCGGCGCACCACUGAAAGGCCCAAUUCUAGACGGCGCAGCACUACCCGGCGUAGCUUUGAGCAACGCAGCCCUGAUCGUAGUCGUAGACGACGUAGAUCUAAUGUACACAACUCUGAUCAGCUCAGCCCUGAUCGAAAUAAAUGCAAACAAUGCGGCACUGUUCUGCAAAGUCCUGUUCGAUUUGACUAUACGUCUUUAGUUAAGACGAACCGGCCUGUCCCGGCUUGAAGCCCAAAUGGUGGUCAGCGCAGUCCCGGUGGUCUCUGCAGUGGUCAGAACAGUCCUGAUCGGCGCAGCCCUAAAUGGCGCAGUCCUAAACGACGCAGCUUGGAGGAGGGCAGAUCAAGUCGACCAACCUCCGGUCAGCGGUCACCUGCUCAAAAUAAUCUUGGUCAGCGCAAUGGUCACCGCAGUUCUGGUUGGAAGACCUCUAGUCCUCACAGGUAUUAUUCGGACUUCGACGUUAUGCGUGACAAUAUGCAAAUGUUUCUACAGAGAAUGAAUUUGCGUAAUCGCUCGACCAUGUCCAAAGAUAAACUGGCAAAAGCUGAGAAAGAUCUACGGGUGUGGAAACUGCAAAUGUGCGGCACCGAGGAGGAGAUGCGUGAGGUAGCUGGCAAGAUCUGUAGGAACUACCUUCACGGAGCAUGGAAGAGCGUUAAACCCAAGGAGCUAGUCUUCAGGCGUAUCAGCGGUGGUCUAUCAAAUUUCCUCUACUACGUGGCGUUACCCGAAAACGCAACAAAGCUUGGUGGCGGCUACCUGAUGCGAGAGACCUCACCCGACACGGAGCCGGAUGCGGCUGGGAUAAAGUUCCCCGGCAAGUCUAUGGGCAGAAUAGGAUCUUUCUCAAUUGAGGAGCCUACAAAGGUUUUAUUAAGAAUUUACGGUCAAGUUCACGGCGAACGCGCAAUGGACGCUAUAGUUACGGAAUCCGUCAUCUUCACAUUGCUGUCGGAAAGACGACUGGGUCCAAAGUUGCACGGCGUCUUUUCUGGUGGCAGAAUAGAAGAAUAUAUACCGGCGCGUCCUCUGCUAACAAGAGAAUUAGCUGAGCCGGCGCUGUCAAUGAAGAUAGCGGAGAAGAUGGCUGCGAUCCAUUCGAUGGACGUGCCUCUGUCCAAGGAACCCAACUGGCUUUGGAAGACGAUGGCCAAGUGGCUUCGCACUGUCAGGAGUGAACGUCUCACCAAAUAUGCUGUUGGAAAGAAUGAAGACGAAGAAGAGAUCAUAAAGCGCUUGAAGACGGUGGACUUUGAGAACGAGAUUGAGUGGCUCAAGAAAUUCAUCGAAACUAUUGAAUCUCCUGUUGUCUUCUGUCAUAAUGAUCUGCAAGAAGGCAACAUUCUACUUCUUGAAGACCUCCAGACGAAUACUGAUGAUGAGGAGACCACGGACUACGUGCAGACGUACAACGUGUCCCAGGAGAAGCAGGAGAAGCACGCCAGAUUGGAGCCCUUAGCGCAGUUUGAGGACACCAGCACUUCGGAUAGUGUCAUCAGUCAUAUAUCUGAUAGCGGGGAACCUAAAUUAGUACUCAUAGACUUUGAGUACUGCGCUUAUAAUUACAGAGGCUUCGAUAUCGCGAACCAUCUCCAGGAAUGGGCUUAUGAUUACACGAACCCUCAGACUCCCUUCUACUUCGAGAACCAGGAGAAUUGGCCCAAUCUAGAACAAAAGGAGAUAUUCAUCAAGGAGUACUUGAAGCACUACUUCACCAGCCCUUCCGAGGAGAAGGAACCCUCCAUAGAUGACAUCAACCAGCUCCUCACCGAGGUGGAGGCCUUCGCCCUCGCCAGCCACCUUUUCUGGAGUCUCUGGUCCAUCGUUAACGCGUCCAAAAGCCAAAUACCUUUUGGAUAUUGGGAGUACGGUCUAACCAGGGUAGAGACGUACCUUCGUCUAAAGCAGGAAGUUAUAAAAAAGGAAAAAUUCGGUUUCCCUCAAAAGAGGAAAAUAUGUGAAGUCGAUAUAUGAGAGGGUUGCAGCGCGCUCAGUAUAGGCUAGUGCUAUCCCGCUCUAACGGACUGUGAUGCUCGGGGGAGAGGGGGACGGACGAUGUGCGACAUUCGUGUCGGUCAACGAGGAUGUAUAUAAAACAAUAAAGUGCAAGUACUUUAAGUGUUAUUUAAAAUUGGGUGUAUUAUUGAACGUUUUCUGUGAUAUGUGAUAUUGAACAUCCUGUAUAUCGAUUGCUCCUACGUAAAUAUAUUUGAAAUGCAUAUUUUAUAAUUUAUCGAUUCGAUAUCGCAUCUAAAAUGAUGUGUUCUUCCGGCUCGAAGGACCAUUGAAUUAUUUUCACUGUUUUAGAAGAAAAUAGCAAAAAAGUCCUGAA